AAUUUUUUUCAUGCCUGUUACGCACUUGUAGCGCCGGAUAUUAUUGAAUUCACCGAGAUGAAACCCGAUUUCUCCAUCCUCGGUCCUCGGGUUUCGCAAAAUAACAAUUGCCGCGCGCACGAUCGGAGCUCUCGCUGGCCGCGCUGAACAUGUAUCGGUAAUGGAAGAUGUAGAAUCUGACAGCUCCUCGAAUUUUAUACGCGCCGUUUGUCUGUGUUAAUAACCGUCCAGACGCACAUCUCGCGGGUUGGAAAAUGCCGUGGAAGCUCGGUGGAAAUUUCGAAGGUGUACAGCCAAUGUGCGAGGCGAGUUGGAAGGAGUGCGCGACCGCAGUGACGAAUUAUUUAUGGUUCGAGAUAGUAUCCGACGUCGUGGACUUCUUAGCGAAGGAAGGGAUGACAUGGGCCCUGGCGAUAGCCAUCAUUUCCACGAUACUCUUCUGUGCAAAGUCUCGCAGAAGUAAGCACGUGGACAACAGCAUCAGGAGCAGACAGAUGCUGAGCAAAGUCGGAUAUAAAAUCCACGACCUGGAGUUGAAGGUGAACGUCUUAACGUACAAGGUGCAGUACGGGACGUGGCCGUUGCCGCACGAAAUCUACAGUUUAAACCCGAAGAAGUUGCAGAAGAUCAGGAUGACCUUGUCCAACCCGCUUGACCGUAAAAGCUGGAUAAAGCACGUGCUGCUGAGUCCUUCGCAGAGCGAUAUGUAUGCUCCUCGUGCGAACGUCCACGGCCCAUCCGCAGCAGGACUGCCCGAUUUCUUCGAGGCAAGACACGAACGUGCUGCUGCGCAUCGUACUCAACGCGGUAAUUUAUCAACAGACUGCAGCAGCAUUGAAACCUCAAAGUCUACCAGUGACCAGUCUGUCAAGUACAAAAAUUAGGAAUAUAUUGGCCGAUCGCCUCGCUUUAACUCUCAAUC